CCACUUCCGGUUCCAGGAGAAGCGGAGAGACGCCAACAUGGCGGAGGAAGGAGCCUCAGCGCCGUCGGCGGCCCAGAAACAGCUGCUCCGGCGGCGACAGGAGCUGGACUCCUUCAGCAGGAAUGCCGCGCGGCUGCGCAGCAGAAACCUGCUCACCGGCCUGACCAUCGGAGCGUUUGUGCUCGGGCUUUUCAGCUACACCAUCCUGUCCGUCAAACAGGAGCGGGUGGUGGAGGAGCUGGAUGAGGAGGCCCGGAUCCACAUCAUGAGAGGCCCGCGGACCGGAGCCAACUCCUGACCCCCGCUCUUCCAUCCGGGCCUUCGUCUGACUGGGACCACUGCAUUCUGGGAAACCCACUCAGUCCACAGGAGGACAUUACUGCUGCGCAUUUAUGUUAUUUUAUUUUCUUCUGUCCUGAAAACCAUAAUUAAAAGUAAUAUCUUGAAUUGA